AUGCCGGGAUUGGCACCGGAGGGGCUCGGGGAGCAGUGGGAGCCGGGCUGGCGCACCGGGAAGCUGCAGGGAAUCCGUGCGGCGCCCACGGAAGCGGUGGGAAUCGCGCCCCGUGUUGCCGGCCCUCCUAGAAUGGUGGUUGCAGGAAGGGACCGGGAAGCGAACGGCAGCCCCAGCUGCCCAGCCUCCUGCCCCAUCCCGGUGCGCUCCCGCCUCUCCCUCCGGCGUCAUUCCGGCACGCACAGCGGCCGCGGCAUCCCUGCGGAGCUGUAUCCCAGCGGAGCUGUAUCCCUGCGGAGCUCUCCGUCAGCGGCGCUCCGUCCCCGCAGGUUGGGCAGCCUCUCCUCCGGGAGCGACGCUUCCUCGGAGCACAAGUCUCCCGGGCACCGCCGGCAGCCCUCGGAUGCCGCCGAAACCACAGGAUUGGUGCAGCGCUGCGUCAUCAUCCAGAAGGACCAGCACGGCUUCGGCUUCACCGUGAGCGGCGACCGCGUCGUCCUCGUGCAGUCCGUGCGGCCCGGCGGAGCAGCCAUGAGAGCCGGCGUGCAGGAAGGCGACCGGAUCGUGAAGGUGAACGGCACGAUGGUGACCAACAGCUCCCACCUGGAGGUGGUGAAGCUGAUCAAAUGCCUGAGAUGGGAAAUGUUUGGGCGAGGGGCAGCUGCCCUUUCCCUGGGGAAUGGCGGGACGGAAUUCCGGGCUGCGGCGAGGUUGGGCUCUCCUGUCUGUUCCCAGCGCUACCGCGAGCUCUACAACCGGAACCCCGGCACCGGCGUGGAGGGGCCGCGCGAGCGGCGCCUCAGCCAGCUGCAGCUCAAGAUCCUGCAGGAGACCGGCGGCUCCGUGGAUCUGGGGCGGCUCGCGGGGGACACCGGCCUGGCCAAUUCCCGGGCUGCCGAAGGACGCCUCUCCCUGGACUCCCAGGAUGGCGACAGUGGCCUGGAGUCGGGCACGGAGCGGUUCCCCUCCGUGAGCGAGAACCCUCCAGGGUUUGCGGAAGGCUCCUUGGAGCCUUUGGGAAGGUCUCGGGAGCGCCCGGGGCGUCCCGUGACGGCGGCGCCGUGUCCCGAGCAGGUCUCCCUGAACCGCAACUCCGUCCUCUCCGACCACGGCGUGGACAGCCCGCGCACGUCCCCCGUCGUCGCGGCCCGCGCGUGCCAGCGCCAUCGGCGCCAGGGCUCCGACACGGCCUUCGCCGCCGAGCAGGUGGGCGCCGAGGGCACCGGAGCCUCCGAGCGGCCUCGACGCGGAGCCCGGCGCGUCCUACCCGUCCCGUGUCCCCCGCAGGGCCUGGAGCGGGCGGCGCGGCCCCUCAUCAUCGGCCCGGAGGAGGAUUACGAGCCGGGGUGCUUCAAUAACGAGUGCGACUCCCUCUUCCAAGACCUGGGAAAGCUGAAAUCCCGCCCGGCCCAUCUGGGCGUCUUCCUGCGCUACAUCUUCUCCCAGGCAGAUCCCAGCCCCCUGCUGUUCUACUUGUGCGCGGACGUUUGCCAGCAGACGCCCACGAAGGAUUCCCGGGGCUUGGCCAAGGACAUCUGGAACAUCUUCCUGGACAGGAACGCGCCUCUCCGAGUGAAGGUAUCCGAGCAGCUCCUGGCUGAAAUCGAGACUCGCCUGCGCUACGGGGACGAUGUCCGAGUCGCCCUCUUUGAAGCUCAGGAGAUGGUGAUGCCUGAGAUCCAGGAGCAGAUCCAGGACUACAGGACGAAGCGGACCAUGGGCCUGGGCAGCCUGUACGGCGAGAACGACCUCCUGGAGCUGGACGGGGACCCGCAGAAGGAGCGGCAAGUGGCCGAGAAGCAGCUAGCCCAGCUGGGUGACAUCCUGUCGAAAUACGAAGAGGACAGGAGCUCCCCCAUGGCCUUUGCCCUCAGCACCUAUAUGAACCACACAGGCAUCCGCAGCCGGGAGCCCCGCGGGGCCGGCGCCGGCGAGAAGGCCCAGGCCCUCCCGGACAAGGACAAGUGGCUGCCCUUCUUCCCCAAAACCAAGAAGAGCAGUAGCACCAAGAAGGACAAGGAUGCCAUGGAAGACAAGAAGCGCAACCCCAUCCUCAAGUACAUCGGGAAGCCCAAAAUCUCCUCCCAGAGCACAUUUCAUGUCCCUUUGUCCCCUGUUGAAGGUAAAAGGCCUCUUCUUUUAUUUGCCAUUCACCUCAUACGCUCAGUUUUGUUUUCUCCCCUGCCCCGAGGUCCUCAGUCGCUGGAGAAUCCCACUCCUCCGUACACUCCCAAGAUGGGACGCAGGAGCAUCGAGUCGCCCAGCCUGGGCUUCGGCCUCGACCCCUUCCUCCCCCACCUCCUGGAGGACGAGCAGGGCCCCCUCUCCGACCUGGAGCCGGAGCUGGACGCGCAGAACUGGCAGCACACGGUGAGCCGGGAGCUGGUGGCCAACCUGCCGCAGAAGGAGAUCGACCGCCAGGAGGUGAUAAACGAGCUUUUUGCCACGGAAGGCUCUCAUCUCCGCAUCCUCCGAGUCCUGGACCUCCUCUUUUACCAGCGCAUGAAGAAGGAGAGCCUGCUGUCCCGGGAAGAGCUGGCGCUCCUCUUCCCCAACCUUCCUGAUGUGAUAGAAAUCCACAAUUCCCUUUCCGAAUCCAUGAAGAAGCUGAGGGAAGAAGGACCAAUCAUCAAAGAAAUCGGGGAUCUCAUGUUGUCUCGGUUCGACGGCGCGGCCAAAGAGGAGAUCCAGCAGGUUGCUGCUGACUUCUGCUCCUACCAAUCCAUCGCCCUGGAGCUCAUCAAGACCAAGCAGCGCAAGGAGAGCCGCUUCCAGCUCUUCAUGCAGGAAGCGGAAAGCAACCCGCAGUGCAGGCGCCUGCAGCUCAAGGACCUGAUCAUCUCGGAAAUGCAGCGCUUGACCAAGUACCCGCUGCUGCUGGAGAACAUCCUCAAGCACACCGAGGCGGGCACCUCGGAGCACGACAAGCUGUGCCGGGCCCGGGACCAGUGCCGGGACAUCCUCAAGUACGUGAACGAGGCCGUGAAGCGCGCGGAGAACCGGCACCGGCUCGAGGGCUACCAGAAGCGCCUGGAUGCCACCUCGCUGGAGAGGACCAACAACCCCCUGGCCGCCGAAUUCAAGAGCCUCGACCUCACGUCCCGCCGCAUGAUCCACGAAGGGCCCCUCACGUGGCGCGUCAGCAAGGACAAGACCGUGGAUCUGCACGUGCUGCUCCUCGAGGACCUCCUGGUGCUGCUGCAGAAGCAGGACGAGAAGCUGGUGCUCAAGUGCCACAGCAAGACGGCCCUGGGCUCCUCGGACAACAAGCAGAGCUUCAGCCCCGUCCUGAAGCUCAACGCCGUGCUCAUCCGCUCGGUGGCAACAGACAAGCGAGCCCUCUUCAUCAUCUGCACGUCGGAGCUGGGCCCCCAGAUCUACGAGCUGGUGGCCCUGACGUCCUCCGAGAAAAACACGUAGGGAUCGAGCUGCAGGCAGGAGGCGGAG